CUGUUUGUUAUGAGGGGAUUUGGUAGCCCUUCUUUUAACCGACGUUGUUGAGAAGAUUAAAGGAUGGAAGUCGCUGUUUGUCUGUCGGCGCUAGCGCGACAAAAAUAGCCCGGUGAAGUCUUCCUGAACCUACCCCCCCUCAAAAUGGCACUUCUCUGACAGCUUUUACUUUUUUUUCUUUUAACCCUUCCAAGUCUUCUCAGUUUUAACUCGUUUUAAAGACUUUCAAAGAGCAGACGUGCAGCUAUGACGCUCAGUCACACUUUAGGCGCGCUCCUGGUUUUUUCCAUAACAGCAUGCAGCCUUUUUGAGCCUGUGGACUGCUUUGCCCACUGUGGGCAUGCCCCUCAGGUCGUGGACAGUAAAGUGGGAGAGAUCAGGAGUUCUGCUUACCACAGCUGGUCCUACCGCUUCGGCUACAUCUCUGACUGCUGGGUCAUCAAGGGUUCAGAGGACGAGCCCAUUGUUCUCAGCUUCGCUCAGUUCUCUGUGCGCUGCGAGAAGGAAUCGCUUUCUAUUAAAUCGUCGGCCGGAGGAGGAGAGCCGAUCGUCCUCUGCGGCACCAAGCUGCCGCAGCCGUUGGAGUUUCCGGGGGGAAAUAUCAGCCUGGUGCACCACUUCUCUCCACACGUGUUCCCCGUGUCGUCAUUUAUGCUGAACUACGCCAGAGAUUCAGGGGAGUGCCCAGAGACGUCGUUCCGAUGUCCCCGGGGCCGGUGCCUGCCCCCCUCCUGGCGCUGCAACGGGCAGGUGGAGUGUCUCGGUGACGGCCUCCACAACGGCCUGGACGAGGUGGGCUGCGACGAUUACGUCGACUACGCAGAGGCUAAAGCCGUGACCUACACGGACAGGAACGCCGAGCUGGACAAAAGCAGGACCGUCGACAAGAGCUGGCUCCGAUCAACAGAGCAGUACAACGUCCCCGACUCCUGGUCGCCGCAGAGGGAGUGGCAGCAGCCCGUUCGAGGGCAGCCCACUCAGAAAGAGCUCGUCGUCACGCCCACUCCCAUGGAGUGGCCCUGCGGGGGCCUUCUCCGCACCUUCUACGGGACCUUCUCUUCUCCGUCGUCCGCCAGCGGCAUGAUGUCUUGCCUCUGGACUCUGGACCCCCAGGACUCCAGGCCGCUGAGACUGGACCUGCAGCAGAUCUCGCUGGGGCCCUGGGACAGGCUCACCGUCUACAACCGAGAGGAGGGCAAAGGAGACAUCAUCAAAAACAUCACCUACAUGUUUAACUACAAAUCUGUCAAAGUGGAGUCCCACACCGGGCUCAUGUCGCUGGCUUUCGAGAGAGCCGCCGACUCGAUGGGGAACGGUUUCAAGGCCACGUUCCACGUGGGCAGCUACUGCCCUCCGUGGGAGGCGCGAUGCGGGGGGGCGGCCGGAGGCUGCUACACCAAGGAGCAGCGCUGCGACGGGAAGUGGGACUGUCCCGAGACCGGCAAGGACGAGCAGGGCUGCCGGGGCUGCGGCGAGAACCAGUUUGCGUGCGGGUUGGGCGGGCUAAGACCGCCGCCGGCCAGCGGCUAUCUAGGCAUGGCGGUGUGUUACCCGGCGACGGAGAGGUGCAACUACCAGCUGUACUGUACUGACGGCAGCGACGAGAAGGACUGCAGCGUCUGUCAGCCUGGGACCUUUCAUUGUGACAGCAACAGGUGUGUGUUUGAGAGCUGGCGCUGCGACGGCCAGGUGGACUGCAAGGACGGCACAGACGAGCUCAACUGCACCGUCACGCUGCCCCGCAAGGUCAUCACCGCCGCCACGGUGGGCAGCCUGAUCUGUGGCCUGCUGCUGGUCAUCGCCAUGGGCUGCACGUGUAAACUGUACUCGCUCAGGACCAGAGAGUACAGCAGCAUGUUUGCCCCAAUAAACCGCCUGGAAGCAGAGAUGAUCCAGCAGCAGGCUCCCCCGUCCUACGGCCAGCUGAUCGCCCAGGGCAUCAUCCCCCCGGUGGAGGACUUCCCCACGGAGAGCCCCAAUGAGACCUCCUCUCUUUCUCUGAGGGGAAUCCUCCAGCUGCUCCGCCAGGACGCCAGCAGCUCGCCGCACCGCCGGCGCCGGCCGCGCUUCGUCCGCCGCGUGGUCCGCCGCAUGAGGAGGUGGGGCCUGAUCCCCAGAACGUCCAGCAGACAGAAUCAGACCUCCGGCUCCGGCCAGCAGGAGGCGGACUCCGCUCCCUCCAGCCAGGAAGCAGCCCAGUCCUCCCCCGCCAGAUCCUCGUCGGCCACGGAGGCCGGCAGCCAGCCGGUGCGUCAGAAACUCGGCCUGCUGGCUCUGGUGGAGCAGCAGCUGCCACCGCCGCCGCCGGAGGAAAUGGCGGCUUCUCUCCUGCCGCCGCCGCCCCUCUUCUCCGCGCCCCCGCCUCCGUACGCUCCCCCGGCUCCCCCGCUGACCACCCCUCCUGUCGCCGUCCCGCCGAGCAGCCCCUCCCUGGCCUCCAUCUUCCAGACCCUGGGCCUGAGCAUUUCCCUCUUCAGAGCCUCGCCCUCCACCAGCCAGAGGGCCCUCUCUGCCUCCCCUUCCUUCUCCUCUUCCUCCUCCGCCUCUUCAGACGACGAAGUGUUACUCAUCCCGCUGUCCGAGGACACCGCCUCCGAGGACGACGUCCCCAUGCUCACCUGAACGGCUUCCUCCCCCCCUCUCCAUCCCCCCGUCUCACUCUUAACAAUUCAAACCCAGUCUUUCCACGUCUGUCUGACUUCGAGCACAGGAGCGUCCUCCCUGUGCACGUCUGGUGCCUUUUUUAAAUCCUUUGACACUUUAAAUCAUUUAUUGGACUGUUUUUGAGGACACCCCUAAAAAAAAAACCUAGACGACGGCCCCCAGUUGCCAAAUUAUGGAUUAGUUUUAGACAAGCUCUCCAUUAAAUAAUGCUUGGCUGCACAGAUGAGGGAGACUUUUGCACAGGAGGGUUUCUCCCCGUCCAGCUGCUGUCCGACUGAAUUAUUUGAGUUCUUAGAACGGAAAUGAUUGCGUCUGUGUGAAUGAGAUUUAGGCGGCCAAAACGCGGCGCUCGCCUCCAGCGUGGUGUUGGCAGAAAAGCGUCGUUUCUUCCUUCCUGUCUGUUUAAGUGCCUUUUUAAGGAGUUUCCUGUAGACAGUUUAAGCAAAUCGAGACAUCCCACCGCACACAGAGACACCCCGGCCUCGUUAUUUGUUUUUCACGUGGAUGCACGUAUCGGCACUGUAGUGGCUUUAUUAUAACCUAGGAGAAAAAAAAAAAAAAACUGCAUGUGUGCUCUGCAAGCUGGCAAUAACUUUUCAAAUGUUGUUUUAGUGCAAACUCGUUAAAGUUAGACCCUUCCCAAGUGGAUGAAUGUAAGCAACAAAAAGUAAAUGUUUUAACGACAAUCUCUUCGGUGCCUGAUUUAGUGACGUGUGUGCGUGUGUGUGUGUAUGUGUGGGGGGGUGCGAGGCGCUCCGCUGACGACGAGGGGCCCAAAUUCUCUAAGUAACCUCAAAAUGAUUAGAUUGCUUUCUGCACAGGAGACUUGUGACGUGCCAUUCGUGAUCUUAUCGGACGUUUUUAAGGUGUUUUUAAUUUCAGCAAGCUACAGAUCUUUGUUUCAUUUUGUUUCUCUCCCUCCCUUCUUGUGUUUUUUUUUUUUUUUUUUUUGCUUUGUUGAAUGUAUUACGGUCGACGUGGCGAGUAGCCAGAGGUUUAAAUGUGUUCAUUGUAUUUAGGUAAAUAAAAGUAAGAAGUGGUUUUUAUGAUUUAAUAAGGUCAACUUCACUGUAUAUAAGUAAAAAAUGUGGCUGAGAUUAAACGAUUUGCACUUUUC